CACGUGUCUGGCCAUGACACGUGCGGGCUUGCCAACAAACCCAUACCCGAUACCAAAAGACGGCAUGUGCACCCUGCCCUACUCCCAGGCGUUCACGUACGGGCGACACUUCCCCGACUAUAACUGGAAAUGCCAGGACACGGAAUUCACCAAUCUUCCAUACCCCAAAGAAAAAAUUGACGGCCUUUUAGGUACGGAGCAAUACAUCGACUUCCGAGACACGCUUAAAGUGACCGGCUCAUGCGUGGACUUUAACGACGAUUUUGCAAAGGAACUUGGAGGACAAAAUCCCUACUACACGUGGGAGUCCAUGUGCAAGAUGAAGCGCUACCCAGUGAACGUGGUCUGGGCAAAGCCCGACGGGGUCGUGGUGCCCCCGCAUUUCAUGGGCCUGAAUAACGGCCUCCUCCCAUGUCACGUGCUUCCUGGCCAACAUCUGUACGAUAUCGACUGCAUCCAUCCGUGGUCCGACAACCCCAAGGUCGCAGACAUAGGACUGGCCAGGCGGCUGCAGCGCUUUGCCAACCGCUGGACCGAAACCAAACGCCAUUUGUGUCUCUAUGGAUACAUGUACAACCCGGCAUACGUCUGUAAACCAUCGGGCUAUAUGACGCGCUAUGUGUUGGUCUAUUCUCCGCAUCUCCACCUAAUAUUUAAGGCGGCUAUUCCAGACGUGCCGACGUCGUUUGUCUCGCCAUGGAAAAUGAAAUACUUUGGAAUGCAGCAAAAAUAUGCAUUCCCACAGGGUAUAAUAUUUGUUGUUACCCGAGAGAUGCUAGCUCAACCGGGUGCACAGUAG